CACUCGCAUCACCGGUACCUGCCCUGCACUUAGCAGAUAAUUAAGAACACUCGUCAUCUCAUUGAUUAUACUCAUAGUCAUCAUUAGCACUAGCUGAGCAGUCACUUCACUUCAUGCAAACAUGAGUGCUGCGCGAUGAGGGAAUGAGAGCAGAGCAGAGCAGAGCAGAGGAGAGCAGUUGACUGGAUCACCACCAGAGUACCAGAGCAGGGCAAGAUUACUCACCAAAUCCGCCACCUGACUCGGCCAAAUCCCUCACCCCUGUUCCCCUGCCUUACCAUGUCCCCCCACCUGCCGCUGCUCCUCUCCGUCCCCACAUCCUGCGCGCCUCGAUGCCGCCGCGCCGGCCCCAUGCCCUCUUCUUGCUCGUACUCGUCGUUCUCCUCCUCGCGAGGUGGAGGCCCGCCGCGGCGUCCGCUCUCUCGACCUUCGCCCUGGCCAAGGCGGAUGCCACGACCAUAGUGUGCGGGCUGCUGCCGUCCGCAGCGUCGCCGCUGCUGGUAGACCUCAACUGCACUACGGCCGGAGGGGACCACGCGCGGCAGGAGACGUACCCGUCGUCGCACCCCUUCUCCGCGCUCGCCGGCGGGGAGGACUUCCUCUGCGCCGUGGGGCCCUCCGGAGCGCGCGCCGACGCCGUCGACAUGCGGUGGUGGGACCUGUCCAAGAACGGCGGCAGCAGGUCCAAGAGGGUGUACCUCGGGCCGCCGCUCCAGGCGCUGUCCUCGGGCGCGUACCGCGUCUGCGGGGUGCUGGCGGGCGGGGAGCUCCACUGCUGGCGGUGGCGCGGGCUGGCCGUGCCCGCCGGGCUCCGGUUCGUCGCCGUAGCGGUGGGGGACGGGUUCGUGUGCGGCAUCGUGGAGGGCCCGCCGGCGUCGAUUCGCUGCUUUGGCGACAACCCUGCGGAAGAGGCCGUGGCUGGCGCGCCGCGGGGCGGGAGCUACGACGUGGUCGCGGCGUGCAGGCGGCGCGCGUGCGCGCUGUCCAUGGCGGGGGGGCUCUCGUGCUGGGGCCACGAUGCGCCGGCGCUCGGCGCGGAUGCGGCUACCGGGUACGCGGCGCUGGCAUUAGGGGAGGGCGGCGUCUGCGGGCUGCGCACCAACGGCACCAUCCGCUGCUUCGGCGACGGCGUGGCCGCGCCACCGGGCAGCCUGGCUGGCGCCCAGUACAUCAGCGUGCAGGCGCAUGGCGCGGCCUUCUGUGGCGUCCUCAUGGCGAACUACUCCCUCGUGUGCUGGGGCGGCCGCGAGUUCACCGCCACUAACCGCCUCGUGUUCGGCCGCGUCAUGCCGGGCCCGUGCGUGCCUAUGUCCUCGUGCCAAUGCGGCGUCUUGCCGGGCUCGGCCAACCUCUGCGCCACUGGCUUGUGCAUCUGCAUGGACUGCGCGUUCGAGCGCAACGUCGCCGCGCCCAAUGCAUCGCUCGUCCCCGGAAAGAGCGGCAGGAGUAGGAGGACCAUGUGGAUUGCCAUCGGGGCAGCGGUUGGUUUCCUCGUGUUAUUGGUGGCAUUGCAGAUCGCGCUGCUGCUGUGGUGUCGCCGCCGCAAGAAUGGCAAGGGUGACGCCGCCGGAGUGCAGCAGCCGCUGAUGCCGCUACGGCUUGGGUCCAGCAAGGGGCCAGGCAGCGUGGUGGAGCACUUCACACUGGAAGCGCUCCACGCGGCGACGGACGGGUUCUCCGACGACCGUCGGAUCGGGUCCGGGAGCUUCGGGUCGGUGUACCGCGGCACGCUCCCCUCCGGGCGCGAGGUAGCGAUUAAGCGCGCCGAGGACGCGGCCAAGCCGUCGAGCUCGGCGCCGCGGCCGGAGCGGCGCCGCGACCGCGAGACGGCGUUCAACUCGGAGCUGACCGCGCUCGCGCGCGCCAACCACAAGAACAUCGUCUGCUUGCUGGGCUGCUGCGCGGACUCCGGCGAGCGCGUACUCGUGUACGAGUUCAUGGCGAACGGCACCCUUCACGACCAGCUCCACAGCCGCAGUCCCCUGGCCCCGCCGGUGGCCUCGUGGUGCGGCCGCCUCACCAUCGCGCUCGGCGCCGCGCGAGGCAUCGAGUACAUGCACGUCUACGCCGUGCCGCCCAUCAUGCACCUCGACGUCAAGUCGGCCAACAUCCUCCUCGACGACUCGUGGACGGCCAAGAUCGCUGACUUCGGUCUGUCCUCUGUUCUGGACGCCGACGCCGGCGCGUGCGGCGACAAUGGCAGCCCGCCGGAGCCGCUCUACACCGGCGGCACGGUGGGGUACAUGGACCCGGAGUACUACCGUCUCCAGCACCUGACGGACAAGAGCGACGUGUACAGCUUCGGCGUGGUGCUCCUGGAGCUCAUGUCCGGGUGCCGCGUCGUGCAGCGGUACGCCGAGAGCGUGACGCCCAAGAACGUGGUGGAGUUCGCGGUCCCGCUCAUCCUCGCCGACGACGUCGCGCGCGUGCUCGACCCGCGCCUCCCGACCCCAACGCCCGACGAGGCCGAGGCGCUGGCCUACGUCGGCUACCUCGCCGCCGAUUGCGUGGGCCCCGUGGGGUGCGAUCGCCCGUCCAUGACCGAGGUCGUGGACGCCCUGGAGCGCGCGCUCGCCGCCUGCGGGGUGGCCCCGCUCUCACGCGUCGGCACCGCGCGCCGCACGCUCUCCCGCUCCGGCACCGACCAGUUCGACCUCACUGACACUGACUAGCACCGCGCGUUUACCACGCCCUCCCCUUACCGGCAGCCAUCGCCAUUACCACCCGCUGGCUGAUGUAGGUUGGGGAUGCGCAUUGCGUCAGCGGCCACUUGCGCAGUGCGAUUGUGCGAGCUGCAAACUGCCGCACGCGAGUCGCCAUUGGGGACACACCAAAAUACCAUGUCUCCUGGGCCAUGGAGAAAAGGCAAUCAAGAACCAAAGCGAUGAAGACAUCACGGAUGCUGCUGCGCACUGCUGCAAAAUCAUCAACGGUUUCUUGGUGAGAUAUAGUCUUCGAUUGACUCGGUAACAACCCCCACAGCGACACGGCACCGGACCAUCGUGCAGGUGGAACGAAUCGAAAAGACCCGGCACGGAAAUGAUCAUUCUUUAUCCGUUUCUCCUUUCUUGCUGUAUUUUUGUCUCUUUUCCUUUGGCAUUUCCUCUUUGGGCGGUUUCCGAGGCCGCCUGGAUUUUUUAACGAUGUGCAUAGAUAGAUCAGUGACAAAGAUUUGAGAAAAAGAAAUGCAAAAUCUUUGUGUAUUCUUUGACGAUUCUUCUUUCCGUUGCAAUAGGAACUGUGCGAGCUGUAAAAAUUGAGAGCUCUGUAACAUGUAAAUUGCUGGCAAACGAUGCAAAGAAGUUACAUGUGAACCGAUCAUUACAUCCUUGAAAGGGCUU